AUGGAUACUUCUCCAAGCUUCUUCGACCCUGAAGACCUCUCAACCAGAGAGAAAUUUCGUCGAUACGGGUUCGAAUCCAAGAUUUCCAAUUUAGCUCAAGAUACUGUUGUUUUGGGUGAUUUGGUUUUGGCUGGGAAAAGGCACUUGGGUUCAAACAUAUCUCCGCACCAAGAGAAUUCAGCUUCAAAAUUUAGUGAAUCUAGGCUACUCUAUGAUGGCCAGAGUAUACAUAGCCCGGCCAAUGCUGCACUUCUUCUAGAAAAUAUUAAGCAAGAGGUUGAAAGCAUUGAUCCUUAUCACUUGGAAGGAACUCCUGGAAAGACUCCUGUCUCAAAAAGGAGGUCGCCCAUUGAUGGGACAGAGGUGGAUGUUGGUGCCGGUUCUGGUUUAGUCCACCGUUCAAUAAAAUUGCUCAAGCAGGAGGAGGACUCACUGGCUGAUGAUGGAGAUACAACCUUUGCUUUAUUUGCUUCUCUACUUGAUUCUGCUCUUCAAGGGUUGAUGUCUUUUCCUGACUUGAUACUAAGGUUUGAAGGAUCCUGCCGAGACGUUUCAGAGUCAAUUAGGUAUGGUUCCAACAUACGGCAUCGUAUAGUAGAGGACAAGUUGAUGAGGCAGAAGGCUCAGCUCCUUCUCGAUGAGGCUGCUUCAUGGUCGCUCCUGUGGUACCUUUUUGGGAAAGGAAAUCUAUCGCUAACCUCUGAACUUCUUAUGCUAGAACUGAUUUCCUUCACACAACCACAUAUAGAUGUUCACACAAAUACAUGGACUGAAGAGAUUCCUAAAGAGCUCAUCCUGUUGCCCUCAACAUCACACUUGGAGGCUUGCCAAUUCGUCGCAGAGGACCAUACAGCACAAUUAUGUCUACGGAUUGUUCAAUGGCUGGAAGGCUUAGCCUCCAAAGCACUUGACUUGGAAAGAAAGGUGCGAGGGUCUCAUGUUGGUGCCUGUCUCCCAAGCUCUGGAAUUUGGUACCAUACUCAGUGCUAUCUUAAGAAAGGAGCAUCCAGUACAAAUACGAUUCAUCACUUGGAUUUUGAUGCUCCAACACGUGAACAUGCUCAACAAUUACCUGAUGACAAAUACCCCAUGAAUAUGCAACCAGAUGUCUGGACUCUUUUAAGAGCUGGAAGACUGGAAGAGGCAUGUCACCUUUGCCGAUCUGCAGGACAGCCAUGGAGAGCUGCAACUUUGUGCGUAUUUGGUGGACUUGAUCAGUUUCCUUCAAUUGAAGCCCUGGUGAAAAAUGGAAAGGAUAGAACUUUGCAAGCCAUUGAGUUGGAAAGUGGCAUUGGCCACCAAUGGCAUCUGUGGAAGUGGGCUUCUUAUUGUGCAUCAGAGAAAAUAGCAGAGCAAGAUGCUGCUAAAUAUGAAUCAGCAGUCUAUGCAGCACAAUGUAGCAAUUUAAAGCGCAUGCUUCCAAUCUGUACUGACUGGGAGUCAGCAUGCUGGGCAAUGGCAAAGUCAUGGCUAGAUGUUCAGUUGGAUUUGGAAUUGGCUCAUUUAGAACCAGGAAGGUUGGAUCAAUUUAAAAGCAUUGGAGAUGCAAUUGAUGGAAGUCCUGGACAUAGUGAUGGAGCUGUUCAGCCUUCAAAUGGACCAGGAAUUUGGCCACUCCAAGUUUUGAACCAGCAACCACGACAACUUUCUGAUCUUCUUCAGAAACUUCAUUCAGGGGAAAUGGUCCAUGAAAGUGUUACUCGAGGAUGCAAGGAGCAGCAACGCCAAAUUGAGAUGAUUCUAAUGUUAGGGGAUAUUGCACGAUUGCUAGACCUUAUAUGGUCGUGGAUAGCACCUUCAGAAGAUGAUCAGAAUGUCUUCAGGCCUCAUGGAGAUCCUCAGAUGAUUCGAUUUGGUGCUCAUCUAGUGCUUGUGCUCAGAUACUUACUUGGUGAUGAAAUGGAUGCUUUCAGAGAGAAAAUUAUGAAUGUUGGUGAUCUCAUUGUACACAUGUAUGCCAUGUUUUUGUUUUCCAAGCAACAUGAGGAGUUGGUGGGUAUAUAUGCUUCUCAACUUGCACGCCACCGGUGCAUUGACCUCUUUGUGCACAUGAUGGAACUGAGGCUGAACAGCAGUGUGCAUGUCAAAUAUAAGAUCUUCCUUUCUGCUAUGGAGUAUUUACAAUUUUCCCCUGUGGACAACUCGAAAGGAAGUUUUGAAGAAAUUGUUGAGAGGGUUUUGUCAAGAUCUCGGGAAAUCAAAGUUGGUAAGUAUGAUAAGCUAUCAGAUGUUGCAGAGCAGCACCGGCUGCAGAGCCUUCCGAAAGCUAUGGUUAUCCAGUGGCUCUGCUUCACACCCCCCUCCACAAUUACUAAUGUUGAGGAUGUCAAUACAAAACUUCUUCUGAGGGCUUUGAUGCACAGCAACAUAUUGUUCCGGGAGUUUGCCCUGGUUUCAAUGUGGAGAGUUCCUGCAAUGCCCAUUGGUGCUCACACAUUACUUAGUUUUCUUGCUGAACCUUUGAAGCAACUUUCAGAAUCUUCUGAUAGCUUGGAGGAUUACAACGUUUCUCAGAACCUGGAAGAGUUCCACGAUUGGAGUGAGUAUUAUUCUUGUGAUGCAAAAUAUCGCAAUUGGCUCAAAAUUGAAUUAGAGAAUGCAGAGGUUUCUCCACUUGAACUCUCAAUGGAGGAAAGACAAAGGGCUAUUUUAGCAGCCAAGGAGACUGUGAAUUCGUCUUUGUCAUUGUUGAGAAAAGAAAAUCCUUGGUUAGCUCCUGGUGAAGAUCAUGUGUACGAAUCUGUGGAACCUAUAUUUCUUGAAUUGCAUGCCACUGCAAUGCUUUGCUUGCGUUCCGGUGAAUGCUUGCCUCCAGAUGCAACUGUGUGCACUACUUUAAUGAGUGCUCUUUACUCUUCAGUGAGCGAGCAAGAUGUGUUAAAUCGGCAACUAAUGAUAAAUGUCUCCAUAUCCUCAAAGGACAAUUACUACGUAGAGGUUGUGCUUCGCUGCUUGGCAGUUGCAGGUGAUGGUCUUGGGCAACAGGAACACAAUGAUGGUGGUAUUCUUAGUACUGUUAUGGCUGCUGGCUUCAAAGGUGAGCUGCUUCGAUUUCAAUCUGGAGUCACAAUGGAGAUUUCCCGAUUAGAUGCCUGGUAUUCGAGCAAAGGUGGUUCCUUAGAGAGCCCAGCAACAUACAUUGUGCAGGGCCUUUGUCGUAGGUGCUGUAUUCCAGAAGUCAUUCUUCGGUGCAUGGAGGUCUCUCUUUCGCUUAUAGAGUUGGGUAUGCCACCUGAAGGUCAUGAUCAGUUGAUUGACUUAGUUGCUUCGUCCGAGGCUGGGGUUCUUCAUUUGUUUAGUCACCAACAAUUGCAGGAAUUUUUAUUGGUUGAGAGGGAAUACUCCAUAAGGCAAAUGGAGCUUGAAGAGGAGCUUUCUUCUUGA